GCCGCCUGCCUUGACCCGCUCGGCCGCUGCUGAUUGCCCGCGCGCGUACGGAUACGGCAUACUCCCUGGCGCGUCCCUGAAAUGGGGCGCAUUACUACUCUGGCUCCACUUCACUCCUUCCCUUUCCCUCCCCGUCGCUGUCACCUCCCCGGUCUUGAGUCUCCCACUUGCUCCUCCUCCUCUCUUAUCCUCUAAUCUUGUCUCUUGCACGCGCGAGCAAGCGAGCGAUCAGUGGGCAGUUGCCUGCUGACCUGCGGCUGCGGCUGUAGUCUCCUGCGUCGUGGAAAAAGGCGGAGACGCAGGGGUGCCAGGAGUGAGGCGCUGCCGGCGGCGGAAGAAGACGGAGCAACCAUGGAGGCGGCCCAGCCCGUACUCAGUGACCGAACGAACCCGCUGCUCAACAGAUCAGAUAGCCCAUCCGGUUUCUCGCACCAUCGAUCUCAUGCCGACAAUGGCGCGGGUUUCUACAACGGGGCCUAUUCUUUCCUUGACACCAGGCCCUGCACGACCAGAUUCAGCAGCGGGUCAGUGACGUCUGAAGAUUCACCAGUACUGACGCCCAGGUUGCUGUCUUUCAAGUCCAGCUCCAGCCCUGACAACUACUCUGAAUGGCCCGAAAGAGCGGUUGCAUCGCGGUCGAACAGAUACCUCUCCGACUCGAAUGCGAAGGCCCGUUGCGCCGAGUACCUGGUUUCGAUGAGGGUGGAGGUUGAUGCGCAGCUCAGCAAGCUCAAUGGGGGUGUAACCGGCCUGGAGGGCUAUGCCUUGCCGGACAAUGGCCAUGUGAUCGGUGGUGAACUCCUAGGCAGGUCCCUUGAUGUCAUGCUGAUUGAGAUAGAUGAAAGAUUCAACGCCCUGAAGCUGCUGAUGGGUGCCGUGUUCCGGCAGGCGAGGGAGAUGCUUGGAUCGGUCAACUCGUCGGUGUCUGAUCUCCAGUCGGAGCAUGAGCUGCAGCUGGAAGUCUUUGGUGCCGUGAUCGGAGAGUGCAUCGGUGGCCUGCAGGAGCAGCUAGAGAGGAAGCUGUACGAGCAAAUUAAAAUCACAAACACCAUGAGUAGGAAUUGGAAGGAAGCCAUAGCUCAGUUUGCUGCCACGCGCGAAGAUCUCGGUGCUCUUUGUAAGCUGCUAUUGCCUUCAGUACCAGAAGCACAUAUUUCUAAUAGUAAGCACGAAAGUUCAGGCAAUAGGAGUAACAAAUGGAAGUACAGUUUCUUUGGAAAGAAAACAAAAGAGGAUCGUUCACCACGCGCUGAGGAAAGCAAGAGUUUCAGGAAGCAAAAAUCCUUUGGUGCAAAGGAUGUCAUCUCAGAAAAAUCUGACUUUCGCCACCUCAACGGUAUGAGUAGAGAGGAAGUGAUAAGCUAUUUUAAGUCUGAGAUCAGCAAAUUGAAGAGGAUGCAUGAAUCAGCACUGCAAGAGAAGACGGAAGAACUGUUCAGGUUUAAACGAGAGAAGGGUUCACAUGCUCUUAAGAAUGACGUCGAAUUUGAACCUUUGAGAAAGAAAAUUCCAGAGAUCAUAUCGAGAAUGGAACAAAUCAUUUCCAAGAACAUAAAUAUACCUUCGGUUUGCAUGACUCACGAUGAACUCGAUGAGAGAUGCCGACUGACAAGCAGAAUCGAUGCUUUGUACUACGAAAACCAGCAUCUUCGAGGAUUGCUUGCGGAUAAGAUGAAGGAUUCUAAGGAAUUAUCAUCUCAGCUAUCCGAAACCAGUAGAGAACUGUCUCUUCAAUUAUCGUCGGAAGAAGAGCUCCUGAGACAAAUUGACAAAAUUAAAGAAGAGUACGAGGACCUCCGAAUUGAAGGUGAUGUUAGAGAUGGACUGUACCAAACUGUUACAAGAAGAUUGCUUGAUGACUCUAUGAACAACAUGGAUGGCGUUGCGCUGAAUUUUAAUGCUAGAGUGUCUUCACUUGAAUCUGUAAUCUCUGAAAAAGAUAGGGCAUUGUGUUUAUCUAACGAAGAAAAAUGCAAGUUAAAGGAGAAGUUAGCGCAACUAGAAAAUCUGUGUUUGAUCCAAGAUCACCAAGAAGAUCCUGAAAUCAUCAAACAAGAGAGCACAGAAAUUUUUCUGCGUGAUAUCGAGGUGAAAACUCACACAUCACCGAGAAGAUCACACGUGCGAGACCUGCAGUAUGAUGAACUUGUCAAACUGAACUCAAGUUUAGAUAUUCCAUCAGGUGCCCUGAAGGAAACUGACAAGGAAAACUUGGAUCGUUGUAGUAGUCUCACUAAGAAUGAGCAAGAAAAGCAGCUGGAGUGUAUUUUGGUAUCUAUUAUGAAACUGUCAAAAGAAUUUGUGGAUAUUGAGCAAAAACUGUCAAUGGAAAGAACUGAAAACAGAUCAGAGGAUUUGAGUGAUCAUUGCAAUCACAUGGUCAGACAAGCUGUGGUACUAACAAAAAUAGGCCUCUGGUAUAAACAAAUGCUUGAAACAAGACGUUCUGAGCUCCAAAAGGCGGAAGCCAAGGUCGUAAUCUUGGGCGACAAGGUGAAUGCACAUUUAAGCCUUCUUCAGAAGAUAUAUGUAACUCUUGAUCGCUACUCUCCUACGUUGCAGCAUCAUCCUGUACUGCUGGAUGCUUUCUUGAAGACAUGCAAGCUUGUUGCAGAUUUGCGAAGUAAACAGAGUGAAUGUGAUUAUUGUGAUACGACAUGAAUAAGGGCAGCUAGGCCUUAAAUUCAGUUGACACUAAAAGGGCACAGCUGAUAUCUGGUCUCAUGCGCUUAACCAUGUGACCCUCGGUUUCAGACCAAGUGAAGGAUUCUAUCUAACUGAGUUUUCAGAUCCUGAUCUGACUGUAUAUUUUAAUGCGGUUGAUUUAGAAGUUACCUUGCUGACCUCAUGCAAAUAUACACUGACAUACGUCCAGACAUAUAACCAGCUUCGUUCAGAUCAUGGCAUUAUGGGUGUAGUUAUGUUCGUGGUAGCUGUUUUCAUCUGCAGAUGAUGGUCAGAAAUCUAUAAUCACAUCGUGUACCAAAGAAAUUCAGUGACAGUGAUUCUCAUAUACAGAUGACAUUGUGCUCUCGUGCUUGCUAGGUAGAGAACAGAGAUACUUUAGAUUGCAGCUUAGGCUAUAGAAUAGAGCGUCUUAGAGGAUGCUCUCACUCUUAGACUAGGUAGAUGUAAUCAUGUAAACCACAUUUGUAAGCAUGUUCUCAUUCUGUCUUCUGUUUUAUUCGAGGAUGUAUGCGAAUAUCUUGUCCGUGCCGUGUCGCAUGAUA